GUGACCUGCAAACUCCUUUUCCCCAUAACCAGCUCUUACAGCUCAUUGUAUACAACCUGGAAGAUCAUAGAGCUCAUGAAAGAGAAGUCUGCAGUUACUAACUGGUUGUCUUCAGUAAAAUCACUGCUACCUGUUACAACUCAGGUCCCUGCCCAUGUUUUUCUUCUGCUGGCUUAUCUACUGAUCCAAGAAAAUGGCGACAGUCUUCGUGAUGUACUCCAGGCUACUACGGAAAUAGCCAAGGCUGAUUGUUCUCAGGUCCCAAAUCUGAUCCCGGUUCUGGUAUUUAAAUUGGGAAGACCAUUGGAGCCUGCACUUUACAGAGAUGUAUUAUAUACAUUGCCUGCACUGGGUGUACACAAGGUUUGUGUAGCUCAGAUUCUACGCGCCAUACACAUGCUGGGGAGCACACCAAAGCUUAGAGCAAUUAGUUUGCGACUGAUGACAUCCUUAUGGGAAAGACAGGAUCGGAUUUACCCAGAAUUGCAGAAGUUCUUGGCGGCGUCGGAUAUGCCCUCUUUGUCCGCUGACAAAGAUACUCAGUGGGAAAAGCUGAUUGCUAAAGCUGCUUGCAUAAGAGAUAUAUGUAGGCAGAGGCCAUACCAGCAUGGAGCAGACAUGUUGGCUGCAAUUUCCCAGAUGUUACAUGAAUGCACAAAGCCUGACCAAGCUUCACCCGCAGCCAUAGUGUUACAGGGUCUUCAGGCGCUUUGUGAGGCGGAGGUUGUUUGCAUCCGUUCCACAUGGAAUGCUCUGUCACCAAAGCUGAGCUGUGAUACAAGACCCCUCAUUUUAAAAGCACUGAACGAAUUGUUUGCCUUGGUUCCCUCAUUAACAGUGAAUACAAACGAAUAUGAGGAUGCUGUUGUAGCCAUUUCAGCCUACAAAUCACUCUCAUCGUUUGGCUCUGAAGAACAUACAAUUCUUCAUCUUCCUGAACAGGCACGACCAGAAGUUGACUCCCUGGAGGAGGCAGACAUUAAUGAAGAUGAAGAGGAGAAGGAGGUGGAUCUUUUUGUUCCGGGUUCUUCAUAUAUCAAACUGUUGUCUCUAACGCCAGCUCCUGUUUUAGGAGCAUUUGAAGAGUUUGCAGCGUCACUUGUGAAGCAGGAGAUGACCAACAUGCCCCGUGGUGUGUAUCAUUCUGCCUUGAGGGGAGGGACCACACGCUCAGAGCAGGGGAAGACCAUGGCAGGUGUUCCAAACUUCUUGCUGAAAAUGUAUGAGAGGAACAAACAACCAGGCAUGACACCAGGCCUUGCAGCUGGCAUGUUGUUCUGUUACGACCUUCCAGUCCACAUGGGCAAAGACGGCAAGCCUAUUAGUCGGUUUCUGGCCAGCAGGGGACGGAAUUUCCAGCAGACGUUGACAGCCCUCAUUCAUGAGAGGAACCUUUUAUUCAGAGCACGGGAUGGAUUCUGUGUUGACAGUGAACCAGAACUGUGUAAAGAAGGAAAUGUUUUAUCUAACAGUCAUCCUGUACUUGUUACAGAAGUUGGAAGAGGUGGAAUGAUUGAGAUACGGGUUGCAG